AUGAGAACGACCCUCUACCUAACAACGCUGUGCGCGGCCCUGGCGCUAGUCGCCGGCGCGCCAGCCCCCAUCCCGGAACCGAACCCAGACCCGGCCGCACAACCUGACCCUGCUGCCGCCGCUGACGACAGACCUGAAAUCAUCGAGAUCAUCGCGCCCGCUGCCAGCGCACAGGAAACGCUGGCGACGCUGAACCUGGGUGCCCCCGGGUCCGAGCUAAGCGAGCGAAACAAGCGCACCAUCGGUAUUCUUCGACAAUUGUUCCCUACACUCACGCAGAUAAUCGAACAGAAAGUACAGCAAAUAACGAGUUCAGUGGUGCAAGCGUUCGGGCCAGUCGUGCUGCGCUUGUUCCUGGGUGGCGGCAACAAGAGUAACUCCGGUGGGGGCACCAUCGAGCUCGACGACGACGACGAUGAUGACGAUGAUGAUGAACCAGCGCCACCUUCCAGCUCCUCCACCGUCGCGCCUACCACUGCCGCACUUACUACUGCUGCACCUACAACUGCCGCACCCACCGAUGCCCCAACCACCAUCGCGCCCGCCUCCAGCCGCAGGCGGCGCGCGCUUUACUACGUGCUGAACGCGAUCGCUGAAGAGAACCAGUUGCUAUCUGGAGCAGAGUCCCAACAGGCUGAAGUACGCGUCGCGUUCGGAGAGGGACAACAAGAUCAGGUAGUCGCUGCCAGCGACGAUCAGCAAACCGCCGCGCAGACCAACAGUGCCAGCAUAGAUGAAAUCUCACUGGACGACGCUGACUCUAGCGAAGAAAACAGAAAUAAGAGGUUCCUCAGCUUCGGAGGUAACGCCGGUGCAUCCGGCGGCGGUUCCGGUAACUUCCUCUUCGACAUCGUCAGGCUAGUUGCGGGCUCAUCUUCGGGCUCCUCGGGCGGUGAUGCGGCUGCCGGCGGCGACGCCGAUGAUGCAGGCGCGGCCAAAGGUGACAACCUGACGGAGGGUGUUCCCGGCCCCAUAACACGGCUCUUUAUUAUUGCGAACCGGGGUAUCGCUAACCUCAUCCAGGACCUGAUCUUACGUAUCGCGCAGACCUCCGAGAGGAUAGUGAACUUUAAGGCGCGACUGAUCACCUCCAUCAUUUAA